AUGGGAAGACAGAAGCUCGUCACAACGAGGAGAAGACCGGGACGUCCCUGUGGCGGCGUUCAGAAUGGCGGCGGUGGACGCGGUGGACCAAAAGGCAAAUCGUCGAAGUCAGCGACACCGACGCCUGGGAUUUUGCAGGAUGGAGCAACGCCCAAGUUCAAACUCAAGGUUAACAUGGGACGAGAUCUUUCAGAUUCACAUCCGCACACGACCGUAAUCAACGACAAGGACAGAGAUCAAGACAACGACCUUCCUCAGGACCUAGCACAGCCAACGCUGGUCACGACUCGCACUGGACGAGCAAUACAUAAGCCACAGCAGUACGAUACUGUGCAAGGUAGUGAUAUUGACUACUUCAUUGAUCAGAACUCAGAGGAUCAUAGAGAGGACGAUGGACGCGUCCUGUCAAGCGAUCCACCAUACCUCUCACACAAGGCACAAGAGCAUUUCAGGCAGCUGCCAAAGCCAAGAGGUCGCCCACCUAAGAGCCACCCGUCGUUUGGUGCUACCGUGGAGGAGGUGGACGAAGAAGACGAGUCUCCAUCCUCGCAGACCCUGCAAGUACAAUCUCCACCAGCAGAUCCCGCACACUACGUAGCCGAUGCAGACGUAUACGCCAUCCUAGAUGCCCUCCGUAGUACCACAAAAAUCCUUCUCGACCUCCCCGGCCUCAGUAACGCCUCCGACCCUGGUCGCGCUCAACCCUAUAGCGCCAAAGCCCUCACCCAACUUUACAUCCUCUGCUACCAGAAAAAGCGCUGGGAUCUCUGCGACAUGAUAUCCGAUACCUGGAUCCGCGCCUUCCACGCCUUGCGUGAGAAGGGCCAGCGCAAACCCAAAUACCAAUCCUGGCGCCCGAACCCCGCUCUCGACCGGCGCAAGCGGAAAGCACAAGAAGCCUGGAGGAAAGGCCUGUCCAUCCCGUCGGAAUUCGACCCUAAUCCGAAAGAUUAUGGACUCGCUGUUACAGAUCCAGAGCUCGAGGAAGACGUUACAUGCAUCAACACCGACUUGCUAAAUGCCCUAUACAAUCAUACAUCACCUAAAUGUGGAGCAAGAUCCCUCUGGGCCGACGCUUUGGCUCUGUACGGCGAUAAAGCUGAAGAGGUCAUCGAGGGUGUGACGAGGGAGGGGUUCAAUUUACAUCCGGAACUUCUAUUCAACAUUAUGCAGACUAGUCUGCGAAUGUGUCGGAGGAACCUCACACUGAAGAUUGAGGAGAGCACCGAGGGUGUAUGGUGUAAGCGAUAUCACGAACAUGGAAAGAACGGACAGCGUUGUUACCGCGAGUUGGCGUCGAAGGACGGGGAAUUCAAAGGAAACGAGGAAGACACGAGUAGGAGUGUUCUUGACCAGGUCGGUGAUUUGAUAGAUCAGGAUUUGCUAGAUCAACUUGAGGUAGGAUUGGUGGACAAGGAGGGCAGUGUUAAGGCGAUGAGAAGGCAGAAGCGGGGCCUUGAAGGCGAUAGCGAGGCCGGUCCAAACAAGCGGAUUAGGUGGAACGGGGAUAUUGAGGAUGCAGAGGGGGACUCCGAGGAAGACUGA